AGGCCCAGUCCCCAGGUAAAACACCCGCAUGGCCACUGCUCAGAACAGCGACAUGGAUAGUAAUGGCUCUGAACAAGAUCCGGAAACGAAAGAAUAUUCUUCAGUUUAUGUUGGCAGAGAAGAUGACAUUAAAAAAUCUGAGAGAAUGACAGCUGUUGUUCAUGAUAGAGAAGUGGUAAUUUUCUACCACAGAGGAGAAUACCAUGCUAUGGAUAUUCGCUGCUAUCAUUCAGGUGGACCUUUACAUUUGGGAGAAAUAGAGGAUUUUGAUGGACGACCAUGUAUCGUUUGUCCCUGGCAUAAAUUCAAAAUUACUUUGGCAACAGGAGAAGGACUUUAUCAGUCUAUAAACCCUAAAGAUCCCUCCGCAAAACCCAAGUGGUGCUCCAAAGGAAUAAAGCAAAGGAUUCAUUCAGUGACAGUGGACAAUGGAAAUAUUUAUGUGACUCUUUCUAAGGACUCUGCUAAGUGUGACUCUGAUUUUUAUGCCACUGGAGAAUUCAAAGUAAUUCGGAGCUCUUCCUGACAAUUGAUGAUGUCUUCUGAUCAUUUAUAUAGCAAUUAAAAGUGCCAUGUGUGUUUACAAUGUUUUACUACUAAAUAUGACUUUUCCAAGAUAGACAUAUUAUUUAUUUUUUAAAACCAUACAAAUCUGAGGGGUUAAAAAGCACAUUAGAAUAAGUAUUAUCAUCAAGGUAUACCAAAUAUAUUUCAUUCAGG